GCUCCUUCCACAUUGGAACAGUAAGAACACAGCAGACGAGAACGCUUGUGGGAAUAACUACCCAAGGGAUUGUAUAUGUAUUUUCCUCUCAGCUGGAUUAAAACUUGCUUGGAACACUAUUAAGUGAGUGGUGGUGGUAUGCUUGCUGGCUCAUUUCGAGGAGAGUUUAUGGCCCAAGACAUUUCUAAAAAAGAAGCACUUCCAAAGACUAGUCUGCUUCUUGAGAAAACCUGAAACUUGUCGCUAUCCUGAGUUACAGCAGAGGCGUAGUAAUGGUUGGCAUGAAACCCAAAGAUAUGAUGCCCUCUGCGGCAGUUAAGUUCUUCGGAGCAGGCACGGCAGCUUGCAUUGCUGACCUUGUCACCUUUCCACUGGAUACCGCCAAAGUCAGACUACAGAUUCAGGGAGAGUCUCAGAAAGCCGAAGGGGUUGGAGCAAUGAAGUAUCGUGGCGUGCUUGGCACCAUCACCACCAUGGUGCGCACAGAAGGAGCCAGGAGUCUUUAUAAUGGAUUGGUGGCAGGCCUGCAGAGACAGAUGAGCUUCGCUUCUGUCCGUAUUGGCCUUUACGACUCCAUGAAGCAAUUCUACACCCGAGGCACUGAGAGUGCAGGGAUUGUUACUCGGCUCAUGGCGGGCUGUACCACUGGGGCAAUGGCUGUGGCUUUUGCACAACCAACAGAUGUGGUAAAGGUGCGCUUUCAAGCCCAGGUACGACUGGCUGACGGUGAGAGGAGGUACAAUGGCACCAUGGAUGCCUACAAGACGAUUGCCCGAGAUGAGGGUGUGCGUGGUCUGUGGAAAGGUUGCAUGCCAAACAUCACUCGUAAUGCCAUCGUAAACUGCGCAGAGCUGGUGACCUACGAUAUGAUCAAAGAGCUCAUCCUGAAGUAUGACCUAAUGACAGACAACAUGCCGUGCCACUUCACAGCCGCCUUCAGCGCAGGUUUCUGCACAACGGUGGUGGCUUCUCCUGUGGAUGUGAUUAAAACACGUUUCAUGAACUCAGGAAAUGGCCAGUACAGCAGUGCUCUCAACUGUGCCAUCACAAUGCUAAGAAAUGAAGGACCCACAGCUUUCUAUAAAGGGUUCAUGCCUUCUUUCCUGCGACUGGGCUCCUGGAACAUUGUGAUGUUUGUAACUUAUGAACAAAUUAAAAAGGGCCUGAGCAGGGCACAGCAGUACUGGGAGUCUCCGUUCUGACCGCAGCUCAUCAGACCUUUUCGUUUUUUUCACUCAGGACUGCAAAACAAACACCAAGAAAUGAUGCAGAAGUGAUGCGAUGGUGACUACUGCUGACUCUUGGUUACAAAGACAUUACAAAGACUUCCGGCAGGAAGACUCUGGGGACAUUUUUGCAAUAUUUUAACAGUUUAAAGAUCAGACCUUAAAGAGGCUUCAUGCAUUUUAAUGGUCAGGAAUUCCAUUACAAAAAGCUCCUUCUGGUAUAAAAGAUGGGAAAUGCUUUGAUGUAAACUUUCAUGUUUACAAGAAUGAAAUGAAAGAUCACAUGAAUGUUAGGCUGUAACCUUAGUUAUUACUUCCUUUAGGGCUUUCCAAGAGGAAGAUGGUUUUUGUCUGACAAUACCUAAAAGUGACCACAAUAUGUCUUUUACUUUUUCUGCAUUGUUUA